AUGAUCUGUCAGGAGGACACAGCUAAAGCAAUGUGGACACGUUUUGUUGACAAGCAGACAAAGCGUGAAUACUCGAACUACAUUUUUGCUAGAGCCGAGUUCUAUUCGCAUGUGUACUCAGCGGAUAAGAGCAUGGAUCAAUGGCUGCGAGAAAUGGAGUCAAUGCGACGUCAGAUGCUACACUAUGGAAAGCGAGUGACUGACAAAGGUUUUGCAGCGACCCUCCCUGGUCAUGUAGCACAGACACAUCGAGAUGUGGUCCGGCAGUUCUCCAAGCAUUACGUAGUGCGUGUGAUGGAGGAGCUGACCGACCUGUGCCAACUGCCACGCAGGUGA